AUGGUGGACACAGCGAUCCAAAAAUUCGGCGGGCUGCACGUGGCCUUCAACAACGCCGGCGUGUACAGAUCGGCGCCUUUCGCGGACAUCAUGGAAGACACCAUCGACGACCUCCUGAAUAUCAACGUCAAGUCACUCGCCUGGUGCUUCAAGUAUCAGAUCCCUGCCAUGAAGGACAGCGCAGGAGGAAAGGGCUCCAUCAUCGUCAACACCUCAUCCACGGCGUUGCGUCCGUCAGCCUCGCCAGGGAUGACUGGCUCUGGAAUGUACGCAGCUUCCAAAGCGGCGGCGGAAUUGCUGAUGAAGUAUGCCGCCAUUGAGGGCGCGGCGUCAGGGGUGCGGGUGAACUCCGUCGCCCGUGGCCUUGUGAAAACGCCCAUCUUCGGCGACAUGCCCGACGAGACUCUGGUCGCCUUCGCCGGAGCGACGUAG